AUGAAUUUUAGACAAUAUUUAAAAAAUCAGCAAGAUAAACCUUAAUUUAUCGAACCCGAAGAUUCUAACACAUAAAAAAGAUUUCAAGAUAUAAGAUACAAACUUGAUGACUUUUAAUAACAAAAGUUAUCUUAAUAUAAUUAUAUCACAAAAACUCAGCCAAAUUUUAGUCCUGAGAAAACUGAUAGAACUUAAAACUUAAAUGUUAAAUCAAAUUAGAUCAAUAAAGUAAAUACAAAAUAUUCGCCUGGAAAUACUCAUAGACUAAAUUUAGGGUUUUUAAAGUAAGAAAAAGAAUAAAACAAUCAGCAAAUCUAAGAAAAGUAAAUCGAAUCAUGA